CCUCGCCCAUGCCGCGCACGCCGCGCGCCCUCUCGGGACUUUUCGGAAACUUAUUCCGAAAAACUUUACCAAAUCAACGAAAAAAUAAACAACGCUUAUUAAUCUAAAUACAACGUUUUAAACUUUACGACAUAAAGUUCAGCACACAUGCACAACUUUUACAGAAGACUCAUGGACACCCCGGGUUUUGAAGAGAAGUAAAACAAGAGAGGAAAUAUGCAGCAGCCGUUGUGGCCACUAUGUUUACUGGCAGUUUUCAUGUUCGGUCUCGAUUCUAAGCUUGUGGGUGAGGCGUUUCAACCAGAAUUUGCAGAACCAAUAACAAAUUUGACGGUACCACUUGGCAGAGAUGCGACUUUCCGUUGCUUAGUUCAGAAUCUUGGAGGUUACAGAGUGGGUUGGGUGAAAGCGGAUACCAAAGCAAUACAAGCAAUACAUAUUCACGUGAUAACAAAUAAUCAUAGGGUUGGAGUUUCUCACAACGGUCAGUCGGUCUGGAAUUUACAUAUUAAAAAUAUUCAAGAGGAAGACCAAGGUCAAUAUAUGUGUCAAAUCAAUACGGAUCCCAUGAAAAGUCAGAUGGGUUAUUUAAAUGUGGUGAUUCCACCAGAUUUCGUCUCAGAGGAAACGUCCGGGGAUAUGAUGGUCCCAGAAGGAGGUACCGUGAAGGUGUCUUGCCGAGCGCGAGGGAUGCCAACUCCAAGGAUAAUUUGGAGGAGAGAAGAUGGCACCGACAUUGUUAUUAGAGACGCUCAUGGUGGUAAAACUAAAGUGACCACCUUCGAAGAGGAGGUUUUGACUCUGACGAAGAUAUCCCGGUCAGACAUGGGCGCGUACCUGUGCAUCGCUAGCAACGGAGUGCCGCCCACCGUCAGCAAGAGGAUACAAAUCAAAGUUCAUUUUCACCCAGUAAUCCAGGUGCCCAAUCAGCUAGUGGGUGCUCCAUUGGGCACGGACGUCACAUUAGAAUGCUACGUUGAAUCCUCGCCGAAGUCUAUCAACUACUGGGUACGAGAUUCAAAUGAAAUGGUGAUAUCGUCUAACAAAUACGAGGUAGUCAACACAGUAAUGAGUUCGUUCGAGAGUCGCAUGGUUCUGACUGUCCGACGACUUACACCGGCUGAUGUCGGCGGAUAUCGGUGUGUUGCCAAAAACUCUUUGGGAGAAGUCGACAGCGUUAUCAGACUUUAUGAAAUCCCGGGUUCCACGGUAAGAAGCACCAGUCCUUCAAACAAAAAAGAAGAAGACAAGUAUUCUACGCCCAUAGAAGGCCCUGACAAUCAAUUUGGCUCUGCUGAUCGUUCUGAUGAUGAAGAUGACCACGAAACAAAUGACGCAACUGAGAAACCACAGAUCAUACACAAAAUUGAUAAUGUAACAAACAAAAAUAAAACUAUAGGCCUUAGCAAAAAUACAUUGAUUAAUGAUGAUAAACUUAGCAAUAAAGUUCGAAAAAUUAUAGAUAAAUUUGAUCUAGUUGAAGAAUUUCAGUUAAAUAAUGGUUGCGAAGUACAAAACAUAUUGAGAAUACGUAACAUUUUAACAAUAACUAUCUUGAUUGAUAUGAUGGAAUAUUUAAUUUAAAUGCAUCUAUGAUCAAUGAAUAUUUAAAUAAAUGUAUUUUUUAUAGUGGUUUGCAAUACCAGUUCGCCCUUUCAUUACGAUUUAAAAAUUAUAAAUCACCCAAGUUUUCCUCGUGCUGAAGGUUAGCUAACUUUCUCGCGCUUAUAACAAGAAUAAAGUACGUAAUAAAAACACAUUUCACAAACUGGUAAUAAAUUAUUUCUCCAACAACGUCCAUCGAGUAAUUUGUAAAUUGUGCCACGAUGUCGACUAAAAAUAUCUGUAAAAUGGUAUCAAAAUAACCUUCGGCUAACGUGAUUAAUUGGAGAAUUUGAAGUGAACGUAAAUUGAUAUUGAUGAGCCACUUCCUCGGCAGACUUUCUAUCGACCUUAUUAUUCAACCUGCACUAUAGAUUUUAUCUUGUAUUACACCCUUUUUAAUUACAUAUAGAAAAAAUAUAAUUCACUUAUUGCAGAUAAUUAAUUUAAAGAAGUGUGCUGGGUAGAUAUCUGGCUAGGUUAUCCUUAUAUAUUAUAAAACAAAGUCCCCUACCGCGUCUGUCUGUCUGUUCGAGAUAAACUAAAAACUACCGCACGGAUUUUCAUGAGGUUUUCAACAAUGGAUAGAGUGAUAGGUACUUGAAGAAGGUUUACGAGUAUAACAUAUUAUAUUUUUACCCGAGCGAUAUAUAAGUUAAUAUAAUGUUAGUAAUUACAAAUUGCUAAACCAUGUUAUGAUUAGUAUCCAAUUUUAUAUUAUCAUUAUAUAGUCAUUAAUCGAAGUAAAUAAAAUUAAUUGUAUAUUAUGAUACUAGCGCCGAAUAUCUGGGAAUAGGUGCUAAGCUUUAAAUUAUUUAGUAUAAAAUGAUCUCAUAAUAAUGCGAAUAUAAUUUACUUUUGAAUAAACUCAAACUACCAAUCUCAAAAUUUGGUAUUGUAGUUUAAAUAACCAUAAAUAACCAUAAAAUAUGUACGUAAGUACAUAACUUCAUAUUAUUUUAUCUUACUAUUAUUAUAAAUACGAAAGUUUGUGAGGAUGUAUGUGUGUGUGUGUAUAUUUGUUACUCUUUCACGCAAAAUCUACUGGGCGGAUUGUUAUGACAAAUUAUGUACACUCGUAGAAUAUAACCUAUAUAGUUUAAACACAUGGGAUACUUUUUACCCCAAAAUUCCCACGAGAAUGAAGCCCCAAGGCGCAGCUAGUAAUAUUAUAAAUAAAUAUUUUUAGUCACUCAUAGGAUAUGAAACAUAUUAAUAUUUAGGUAUGCUGCAAUAAUUGUCUUCAUAAAUUAACAUUACCUGAUAUUACUUUAAAAAUUUGUACACAUGAGAAAAUGUAUAUCACAAAUAUUGACAUCUAGUGUAACUAUAUUUGAUUUAUAUAAUAUAUAGAUUAGAUCAGUGUUUUACUAAAUAUCGAAUGAUAUACUGUUAAAAAUU